CAAACUCGACCGAAAAGACCAAAAAUCAAUCAUAAUUUGGUAUCAAAACCAUUAUACCGGGAAGUACCAGAAUAACUCGGUUGGGCCUAGCCUCUAAUAAAAAUCGGUCGGGAAAGAAACUCACAACUCUCUCUCACACAGCAACGUUCUAUUGAAAUUUGGCCUGAAUCCCCAGAGUGCGACGAAAAUGCAGCAGCAAGGGAGUAAGAGUGGAUCUGAGAUGGAGGUGACAUGGGAGGACCAGCAGAACAUUAAUAUCUUCAGCCGUCUCAACAACAGAGUCCAUGACCUCGAUGACGAUAUCAAAUCCGCCAAGGAAAAGUGUGAAAAUCUAGAGGAUGCAGGGAACGAGUUGAUCCUUGCUGAUGAGGAGAUGGUGCGUUUUCAAAUAGGAGAAGUGUUUGCUCAUGUGCCGAGGGACGACGUAGAAACAAAGAUAGAAGAGAUGAAAGAAGCGACCUGCAAAAGCCUUGAGAAACUCGAGCAAGAGAAGGAAUCAAUUGUAACACAAAUGGCAGCGCUGAAGAAGGUAUUGUAUGCUAAGUUCAAAGAUUCUAUCAAUCUUGAAGAAGACUAGUUAGUAGUUAUUCCCAACUUUGUUUUUCUUCUAUUGCAUCAGUUUAUGAUUCUACUGUGAGUGUAGACCAAAGGAUUCUUGAAUUUAACAUACUGGUUUUGUUCAUUAUGAAAUUUCAUCUGGUUAAUGCAUACUUUUCUUUUUCUA